AUUCAAUCUCCACCAUUAACUCACUCUCUUUGAGCUCUAACAAGAGGGAGAGAGCGAGAGAAAGAGAGAGAGGGAGACUAACCAUGCAGCCAUAUUAUGAUAGCUCAAGUCUUAACAACAUGCAACAACAAGACUACUUCCACUUAAACCACUAUUACAACAACCUAAACUCUUCAACCAAUACCAAUAAUCUUAUCCCAUACCCUCAAAUUCAAGAACUCAAUCUACAAUCUCCAGCAAGCAACAACUCUACCACGUCAGAUGAAGCAACUGAAGACAUAUUCGUGAUCAACGAGAGAAAGCAAAGACGUAUGGUAUCUAACAGAGAAUCAGCAAGAAGGUCAAGAAUGAGAAAGCAAAGACACCUAGAUGAGCUUCUCUCGCAGGUUGCUUGGCUUCGAAGCGAGAACCAACAGCUUUUGGAUAAGCUUAACCAAGCUUCGGAUAGCAAUAAUCUUGCUAUUCAAGAGAACUUGAGUCUUAAAGAGGAAAACUUGGAACUUCGUCAAGUUAUCACAUCUAUGAAGAAGCUUAAAGGAAGCACAAGCAUCCAGGGAAGAUACUGUUCUUCUUCAGUGGAUCUUGAGUUGGAUCAGGACUUCUCUUGUAUUACUGAUGAUCCAAGGAUUUGUCAUCCAUCUUGAGUUGUUCGUUCUUAUCGAACUUUAAGUUUCUACCUCUAAUCUAUCUUCUUUUUCUUUGUAUCCACAAAUCUCUGGCUAAUAUAUAUCUUUAUGAGCCAGGAACAAAAUGGAUUUUUAUGUAAUUUUUUCUCUGGGCUAGACUUAGGUCUAGCACCGUUGAAACGUUACUUUUAUAACGGUUUAACUACGUACCAAAGUAUGAGCUUUCUUUUCUAGCUAUUUGUGAUCAUGAAUAAUGAUUUGGAAUAUUGCUUGAGCUCUAUAUGUAAUAUGUUAUAAUCUAGUUUUUGUAUAAAAUAUAAAAGAAAUCAUUUGGAGAUGA